AUGGACGAUGACUCAUCUACUCCUACCAACGUCCUGUACGCUUCACCAAGCGUUACCACUUAUACAUACCUCAAUCCUGCCUUCCGAAUUUAUGAACUUGAGCCAGGCAUCAACUACCGCGUCGCUGAUUUUCACACGUAUUUUCUGAAUCUCUCAAAAGCUGCAACGAUUGAUGUCGAGCCUCGUUGGGAACUGCUUUACUCUGCGAAGAAAGAAUACGGCAUGGAUAAUUUGAAUCCUACCAGCUGGGAUCGUCUCAUCAAUAAGAUUUUAUAUGAAAGGGAUUCUUAUGACAAAUUCAUCAGGUAA